AUGGGUUGUGUAGUUUCUAAAAAGAAAGGUUUAAUUGAUGACACUUUAGAAAUAUCUAGAAAUAAUGAAAAAUAUCCUCUCCCUCAAAAAAAUAAUACAUGGGAUAGAUUAACUUUACAGCAUUAUUUGUUUCGUUAUAUUUGGCAAUCUAAUUUUUCUUCACCUAUCAAAGAAAGUAUCAGAAAUGACAGCAUAAAAGUUUUAGAUGUUGGAAGUGGAAGUGGUCCAUGGGUCUAUGAGAUGGCCGGUGAAUUUCCAAAUGCUUUAUUCACGAAAAUAGAUUCGAAAACCUCACACCAAAAUAGCACACUUCCAAAUCUUAUUCUAAAAGAUUAUGAUUUUGCAAAAUUGGAACCGCUUCCAUUUCCUGAUUCAACAUUUGAUUUUAUACAUGUGGGAUUCCUAUCUAGUGAAUUAUCUGAAAAGCAAUUUCAAACACUUGUAAAUGAACUUGCGAGAACUUUAAAACCUGGUGGAUAUUUAGAGAUUAUGGAUGUUGAUUUUCAAGGUGGAAAUGAAGGGCCUUCGGCUCAACGUUUGAUGUCUUCUCUACGAUCGUAUUACAAAUCUAAAGAUAUCAAUCCACUAAUAACCCAAAAACUAGAGUCGAUAAUGAAGGCUACAAAAUGUUUAGCCGAUGUUACCGUUCAAAGAACACUUCAUCCCUUAGGAAAUUGGGAAGAUAAAAUUGGAGAACUUGCAUUAUAUAAUUGGCUUCAGAUUUUAAACGAUCAUAAAUCUGAUGUCGCACCAUUUAUAGGUAUUUCUGAAUCUGAGUAUAGAAAUUUACUUCAGGAGUUUAAGAGUGAGGUUGAUCUGUUCCAAACUUAUUGGAUUAGUACUAGAGUUUAUGGACGGAAAACUCAGUAA